AUGCCACCACAGCCCGCUGCACCACACGCUGUCAGCACCGUCUGCGUCCGACGUCACCACACGCCGCUGGACUCUACGCUGUCAGCACGCCCGGGUCUGACUUCACCACAGUCCGCUGCACUCCACACAGUGAGCACCGCCCGCGUCCGACGUCACCACAGCCCGCUGGACUCCACGCUGUCAGCACCGUCCGUGUCCGACGUCACCGCAGCUUGCUGGACUCCACCCUGUCAGCAACGUCGGUGUCCGACGUCACCACAGCCCGCCGCACUCCACGCUGUGAGCACCGUCCGCGUCCGACGUCUUCACAGACCACAGGACUCCACACUGUCAGCACCGUCCGCGUCCGACGUCACCACAGCCAGCUGCACUCCAUGCUGCCAUCACCGUCCGCGUCCGACAUCACCACAGCCCGCUGCAUUCCACGCUGUGAGCACCGUCGGUGACAGACGUCACCUCAGCGCGCUGCUCUCCACGCUGUGUGCACCGUCCACGUCCGACGUCACCACAGCCCGCUGGACUCCACUCUGUCAGCUCCGUCCGUGUCCGACGUCACCGCAGCUUGCUAGACUCCACCCUCUCAGUGCCGCCUGUGUCCGACGUCACCACAGCCUGCUGCACUCCACGGUGGCAGCGUCGUCCGUGUCCGUCGUCACCACAGCCCGUUGGACUCCACGCUGUCUGCACCGUCCGCGUCCGGCGUCACCACAGAACGCUGCACUCCACGCUGUGAGCACCGUCCGCGUCCGACGUCACCACUGCCCGCUGGACUCCACGCUGUCAGCACCGUCCGUGUCCGACGUCACCGCAGCUUGCUGGACUCCACCCAGUCAGUGCCGCCUGUGUCCGACGUCACCACAGCCCGCUGCACUCCACGCUGUCAGCACCGACCGUGUCCGACGUCUCCAGAGCUUUCUGUACUCCACCCUGUCAGUGCCGUCUGCGUCCGACGUUACCACAGACCGCUGCAUUCCACGCUGUCAGCACCGUCCGCGUCCGACGUCACCACAGCCCACCGGACUCCACACUGUCAGCACCAUCCGCGUCCGACGUCAGCACAUGCCGCUGCACUCAACUCUUCAGCACUUUCCGGGUCUGACAUCACCACAGCCCGCUGGACUCCACGCUGUCAGCACCGUCCGCGUCCGACGUCACGACAGCCUGCUGGACUCGACACUGUCAGCACCGUUCGUUUCCGACGUCACCACAGCCCACUGGACUUUAUACUGUCAGCACUGUCCGCGUCCACCGUCACCAAAGCCCACUGCACUCCACGCUGUCAGCGCCGUCCGUGUCCGACGUCACCACAGCCCGCUGCUCUUUACGCUGUGUGCACCGUCCGCGUCCGACGUCACCACAGCCCGCUUCACUCCACGCUGUCAGCACCGUCCAUGUCCGAAGUCACCACAGCCUGCUGGACUCCACGCUGUCAGCAGCGUCCGUGUCCGACGUCACCACAGCCCGCUGCACUCCACGCUGUCAGCGCCGUCCGUAUCCGACGUCACCACAGCCCGCUGCUCUUUACGCUGUGUGCACCGUCCGCGUCCGACGUCACCACAGCCCGCUGGACUCCAAUCUGUCACCAACGUCCGCAUCCGACGUCAACACAGCCCACUGGACUCCACGCUGUCAGCACCGUCCACGUCCGACGUCACCACAGACCGCUGCACUCCACGCUGUCAGCGCCGUCCGUAUCCGACGUCACCACAGCCCGCUGGACUCCACGCUGUCAGCACCGUCCGUGUCCGACGUCACCACAGCCCACUGGACUCCACCCCGUCAGCACCGUCGGCGUCCGACGUCACCACAGCUCGCUGGACACCACGCUGUCAGCACCGUCGGCGUCCGAUGUCUUCACAGCCCACAGGACUCCACACUGUCAGCACCGUCCGCGUCCGACGUCACCACAGCCAGCUGCACUCCAUGCUGCCAUCACCGUCCGCGUCCAACUUCACCACAGCACGCUGCACUCCACGCUGUGAGCAUCGCCCGCGUCCGACGUCACCACAGCCCGCCGCACUACACGCUGUCAGCACCGUCCGUGUCCGACGCCACCACAGCACGGUGCACUCCACGCUGUCAGCACCAUCCGUGUCCGACGUCACCACAGCCUGCUACGCUCCACGCUGUCAGUGCCGGCUGUGUCCGGCGUCAUCCCCGCCCGCUGCAAUCCUCGCUCAGUCCACACUUUGUAGCAUCGUCCAUGUCCGACGUCACCACAGCCCGCUGCACUCCACACUGUCAGCACUGUCCGCGUCCGACGUCUUCACAGCCCACAGGACUCCACACUGUCAGCACCGCCCUCGUCCGACGUCACCACUGCCCGCUGGACUCCACGCUGUCAGCACCGACCGUGUCCGACGUCUCCACAGCUUUCUGUACUCCACUCUAUCAGUGCCGUCUGUGUCCGACGUCACCACAGCCCGCUGUGCUCCACGCAGUCAGCACCGUCCGGGUCUGACAUCACCACAGCCCGCUGGACUCCACGCUGUCAGCAAGCGUCCGCGUCUGACGUCACGACAGCCUGCUGGACUCGACGCUGUCAGCACCGUUCGUGUCCGACGUCACCACAGCCCGCAGCUCUUUACGAUGUGUGCACCGUUCGCGUCCGACGUCACCACAGCCCGCUGCAUUCCACGCUGUCAGCACCGUCUGUGUCCGAAGUCACCACAGCCUGCUGGACUCCACGCUGUCAGCAGCGUCCGUGUCCGACGUCACCACAGCCCGCUGCACCCCAUGAUGUCAGCACCGUCUGCGAUAGACGUCACCACAGCCCGCUGGACUCCACACUGUCGGCACCGCAUGCGUCCAACGUCACCACAGCCUGCUGCACUCCACGCUUUCAGUGCCGUCUGUGUCCGACGUAACUACAGCCCACUGCACUCCACGCUGUCAGCGCCGUCCGUGUCCGACGUCACCACAGCCCGCUGCUCUCCACGCUGUGUGCACCGUCCGCGUCCGACGUCACCACAGCCCGCAGCACUCCACUUUCCCGCUGCACUCCACGCAGUCAGCACCGUGCGCGUCCGACGUCACCAAAUCCCGCUGGACUCCACGCUGUCAGCACCGUCCAUGUCCGACGUCACCACAGCACGCUGCACUCCACGCUGUCAGCACCGUCCACGUCCGUCGUCACCACAGCCCACUGCACUCCACGCUGUGAGCACCGCCCGCGUCCGACGUCGCCACAGCCUGGUGCACUCCACGCUGUCAGCACCGUCCGUGUCUGACGUCACCACAGCCGGCUCGAUUCCACGCUGUCAGCACCGUCCGUGUCCGACGUCACCACUGAUGCAGCAGUCCACGCUGUGA